CGAGCUUCUUGGUUCGCAUCAUUGAACGGAAGCCUCGCGUUGAGCGCCAGGCGCGGUUGGUGCAUGGAAAAUCGCGUUUCGCCAGAUGCCAAUGCAAAUGCCGCAGCGUUGCCGUUACCUCCCUCGAAUUUGUUGGGAGGUGUUGUGGCCGGGGCCUCCCUGUGCCACGUGGUCCUGCCAGCCUUCAUGGACGACACCUUCGCACUGGUGCCGCACCACACGAUUUUCAGCCCCAUUGCUUCCUUGCCGUUCCCCUUCAUUUGGAACCUGCUGACCGCGCACCUCUUCGAGGCUUCCCUGCUGCGCGCUCUGCUGGUGACGCCGGCCGUGGUCUGCAUGGCGCAGCGACUAGAGCGCCUGUGGUUAGAACUCGGAGGACUCGCUGGCGCUAUGUCCUGGCGCCGGGGCCUCUUGUACCUGGCCUUCUCCUGUGUGGCCACCUCCCUCGUCUUCCUGGUUUGGGAGGUGGUCGAGGUCUUCCGGACGAGUCGGGAGAAGGACUUCUUCUCUGGAACCCGAGGGUGCUGCGGCCUGGUGGUGGCGUUGUCUGUGGGCCUCCGCCACGCUUACCCGCUGGAGGCGCUUCCCUUCGUGCCCAAGGCCUGGGGCCUGCAGUGCCAGCAUCUCCCUUUCUGCCUCGCGCUGCUCUGUACGCUGCUGGGGCUGGGGAGCCUGCUGCCCGAGUGGCCCUAUGCACCUUUGGCCUUCUUCUUUGCCUGGUUUUACCUGCGCUACCUGAUGUGGUUCUCGCAUGCAAGGGCGUACGGCGACCACUCGCCGGACUUCUUGUUCGCGAACCUCUUCCCGCCCGCUCUGCGGCCGAUCGCUGGUGCAGUGGGCGCGCUCACGCACAACUUGGCGGCCGCCGCGGCGCCGGGGCUUCUGCGCCUCCGCAGCCCCGAGGAUGAUGCCGAGCGGGCGGAGGCCAUUGUCUACGACCCCAGCCGAAUGGUGGAUGGCGCAGUGCUCUGGAACUCCGCGGGGGCCAUGAGCCUAGCCCAUGCGAGUUCUUCUUCCCCUUGGCCCUCGCCGCUUUUCCCCGCACAGUCCGGCGAGGUCUUGCCUGGCGCUCCCGGCUCCAAGGAAUACGACGCCCGGAGGGCCAAGGCCCUGAAGCUCUUGGACGAGUCCAUCAGCUCCAUGCUAGUGCCCAAAGGCGCGCGGCCCGAUCCUGCGCCGGAGUCUGCAGACCCCAGCACGGCCCCUGAUGCCAGGGCGGUGGCCAAUGGCGACAGCGAGGCCAACGGCUGACGCGCCGCGGCUGUCGGGUAGACCCCAAAAAUCGCUGGAGGUGUUCGGUGCGGAGUGAACCGCUCCUUUCUCAGCCGUUCAAGG